GGCAGCGGCGGCAGGAUGCGGGCGGGCCGCGGCGCGGCGGGCGGGGAGGCAGCGGCCGAGGAGGAGGCGGCCGAUGGGGCCAAGCGCGGCGGGGCGGCGGCGACGGGGCGGGCGCGGGGCCGCGGCGGGAAGGGGUCCCCGAACGGCGAGUGCCGUCGCGGGGAACCGCCGCGCAGCCCCGGCCCGGAGCCGCCCCGAGAGCCCAAGGUCUCCUUCUCCUGCGGCGGCGGCGGCGCAUCCCCCGGCGGGGCCAAGGCGGCCGAGGAGGGGGCGAGCGAGGAUGCGGCCGAGGAGGUCCGCGGGAGCCAGGCCAGCUUCAUGCAGCGGCAGUUCGGGGCGAUGCUCCAGCCCGGCGUCAACAAGUUCUCGCUGCGGAUGUUCGGCUCGCAGAAGGCGGUGGAGCGGGAGCAGGAGCGCGUCAAGUCGGCGGGGGCCUGGAUCAUCCACCCCUACAGCGACUUCAGAUUUUACUGGGACUUCACGAUGCUGCUCUUCAUGGUUGGCAACCUGAUCAUCAUUCCCGUGGGCAUCACCUUCUUCAAGGAGGAGACCACGGCCCCCUGGAUCGUGUUCAAUGUGGUCUCUGACACCUUCUUCCUGAUGGACCUGGUGCUGAACUUCCGGACAGGGAUUGUCAUUGAGGACAACACAGAAAUCAUCCUGGACCCUGAGAAGAUCAAGAAGAAGUACCUCAAGACCUGGUUUGUGGUGGACUUUGUCUCCUCCAUCCCUGUGGACUACGUUUUCCUCAUUGUGGAGAAGGGCAUAGACUCGGAGGUCUAUAAGACGGCCCGCGCCCUCCGCAUCGUGCGAUUCACCAAGAUCCUCAGCCUGCUGCGGCUGCUCCGCCUCUCCCGGCUCAUCCGCUACAUCCACCAGUGGGAGGAGAUCUUCCACAUGACCUACGACCUGGCCAGUGCGGUGAUGAGGAUCAUCAACCUCAUCGGGAUGAUGCUGCUGCUCUGCCACUGGGAUGGCUGCCUCCAGUUCCUGGUGCCCAUGCUGCAGGAUUUCCCCCAGAACUGCUGGGUCUCCAUCAACGGGAUGGUGAACGACUCCUGGAGUGAGCUGUACUCCUUCGCCCUCUUCAAGUCCAUGAGCCACAUGCUCUGCAUCGGCUACGGGAAGCAGGCGCCCGAGAGCAUGACGGACAUCUGGCUGACCAUGCUGAGCAUGAUCGUGGGGGCCACCUGCUACGCCAUGUUCAUCGGCCACGCCACCGCCCUCAUCCAGUCGCUGGACUCCUCCCGGCGCCAGUACCAGGAGAAGUACAAGCAGGUGGAGCAGUACAUGUCCUUCCACAAGCUGCCCGCUGACUUCCGCCAGAAGAUCCACGACUACUACGAGCAUCGCUACCAGGGCAAGAUGUUUGAUGAGGACAGCAUCCUGGGGGAGCUCAACGAGCCCCUGCGUGAGGAAAUUGUGAACUUCAACUGCCGCAAGCUGGUGGCCUCGAUGCCGCUGUUUGCCAACGCCGACCCCAACUUCGUCACGGCCAUGCUCACCAAGCUGAAGUUUGAGGUGUUCCAGCCGGGCGACUACAUCAUCCGAGAGGGCACCAUCGGCAAGAAGAUGUACUUCAUCCAGCACGGGGUGGUCAGCAUCCUCACCAAGGGCAACAAGGAGAUGAAACUCUCCGACGGCUCCUACUUUGGGGAGAUCUGCUUGCUGACCCGCGGCCGGCGCACGGCCAGUGUCCGUGCAGAUACCUACUGCCGCCUCUACUCACUCUCAGUGGACAACUUCAAUGAGGUGCUGGAGGAGUACCCCAUGAUGAGACGGGCCUUUGAGACCGUGGCCAUCGACCGUCUCGACCGCAUCGGGAAGAAGAACUCGAUCCUGCUCCACAAAGUGCAGCACGACCUCAACUCAGGUGUCUUCAACAACCAGGAGAACGAGAUCAUCCAGGAGAUCGUCAAGUACGACCGGGAGAUGGUGCAGCAGGCGGAGCUGCAGCAGCACACGGCCAUGUACAGCCCCGUCCAGCCCCAGGUCACCUCUGCCAUCGCCACCCUCCAGCAAGCCGUCGCCAUGAGCUUCUGCCCGCAGAUGGCCAGCCCGCUGGUGGGCUCCAUGGCGCUGGGCUCGCCCCGCAUGAUGCGCCGCUUGCAGUACGCCCAGGCCGUGCCCAGCCCCUUCGCCGUGUCCCCCGUCCUGCUGCAGCAGAGCCCCCCGCCGCAGCCGCAGCCCCCCGUGCCCCACGCCAACCCCUCGCCCUCACAGGACCCGGCGCAGCCCACGGCCCUGCCCGCCUCCACCAGCGCCUUCGCCGCGGCCGCGGCCAGCCCGCCAUCCCAAAGCCCGCUGGCCAGCCGGACGUUCGCCUACGGAGGCGCCCCCGGGCCGCUGGGCUCCCAGCUGUCCCUCAGCCAGCAGCCAGCGCCCGGCUCGCCCCAGCGCCUGGCCGCCCACAAGAGCACACAGGCGCUGCACACCAGCAGCCUCAGCCAGGAUUCGCGGCCCCUCUCGGCCUCGCAGCCCUCGCUGCCCCACGGGCUGGCGGCCGGCAGCACCCAGAGCCCCCCGGCCUCCGCCCGCGAGUCCAGCACCUCCAUCGGAGGGGGCCCGGCCGCCGCCUCGCCGGGCCCGGGCCCUCCGGCCGGGCUGCGGGCCCAGGCACCCUCGCGGGGGGCCCCGGCCCACCCGGUGCCCACGGGCUCGGGGCUGACACCGCCGCCCGCCCUGCCGCAGGACUCGGCGGCGGCCCGCAAGGAUUCGGCGUCCAGCACGCCCGACACGGACCCGGCCAAGUCCAGGCUGUCUUCCAACUUGUGACCUCCGCGCCGGGCACGGGGACACGCGCGCCGGAGGGGCGGCGGCAGGGAGCCCCACGUCACCUCGUGACCACCCUGCGCCGCCGGGUGAGGGCC